GAACGUAAACAUUCGCGUGCUCUCGGGCUCACAGAGAGGAACUAAGAGCGCGAGGACGGUGAACGUUGCUCAUUGCGCGCGCAAUAAUAGAGUUGUGUGCAGCUGAAUACAUUGAAGAUUAACGUGGGUAAAUGGAAGAAAUAUGAGCACCGUGACUCUGUAAGACAGUGUUUUGGAGCUUUUUUGGACCAGUGAGAAGUUCACAAAGGAACCUCUGCUAACUUUCCACAUGAAGAUAAAGUUCUGAGGGAUAUCGUCACAUGCCGUUUGUUUUUUAGAAUCAACUUUUUUUAUUCAUGUGGUCAUUUAUUUUUGAUAUCCUAAUUGGUGUUUAAGAAAAAAGACAUCAGGAAUGGUAUGCUGAGGAACCUCCAUGAAUAAUGUGGAAUUCUACGCUGAAGGUAUUUUCUUUCUCCUAUAAUAAAAGGAGUUUUUGAAGGAUAUAUUUUACCGUCUUUUGUGUCGCGUUGACGGUGCAGGACCGAAUCAAAAUACCAGGCAUACUUUUCCAGCUUGAAUAAUUCAUAAAGCGUGCCUUCGAGGGUUGGAUAAAAGUUACGACGAUACGGGGAGGGGGAAUAAUAAUAAGCAGAAUUGUUCAAAGUGGUGAAGGGGGAUGGCCACGGCCGCUUCAAAUCCUUACCUGGCCAGCAAUAGCAUCCUCUCAUCAGCCUCGAUCGUUCAUUCGGAGUCCGGAGGUGGUGGCAUGCAGCCGGGAAGUGCUGCAAUAACCUCGGUGUCGGGCGGAUACAGAGGAGACCCCACGAUCAAGAUGGUGCAGAGCGAUUUCAUGCAGGGAGCUAUGACGGCCAGUAACGGGGGACACAUGCUAAGCCAUGCGCAUCAGUGGGUUACUUCACUGCCGCACGCUGCUGCCGCAGCCGCCGCCGCCGCAGCUGCCGCAGCUGCAGAAGCGGGCUCCCCCUGGUCCUCCAGCCCUGUUGGCAUGGCGGGUAGCCCACAACAACAAGAUGUCAAAAAUAAUUCAAACAGGGAAGAUCUGCACUCGGGUACCGCGCUGCACCACAGACCCUCGCACCUAAGUGCUCACCAGUCCCAUCAAAGCGCGUGGGGUGGCACCACAGCCUCGCACAUCUCCACCAUCACCGGAGGGCAGCAGCAGUCCCAACAGUCUCUCAUUUAUUCCCAGCCGGGUGGCUUCACGGUAAACGGGAUGUUGAACCCUCCAGGGAGUUUAGUCCACCCGGGGCUGAUGCGAGGAGAUUCUCCCGAUAUGGAGCACCAUCAUCACCACCACCAUCAUCCGCAGCACCCUCACCAUCAUCACCACCAGCACCACGCGGGAGUGAACAGCCACGACUCGCACUCUGACGAGGACACGCCGACCUCCGACGACCUGGAACAGUUUGCCAAACAGUUCAAGCAACGCCGAAUCAAACUGGGCUUUACCCAAGCUGAUGUCGGUUUAGCACUAGGAACUCUUUACGGAAAUGUGUUCUCUCAAACUACCAUUUGCAGGUUCGAGGCUCUGCAGCUGAGUUUUAAAAACAUGUGCAAACUAAAGCCACUGUUAAACAAGUGGCUGGAGGAGGCCGACUCCACCACGGGCAGUCCUACCAGCAUUGACAAAAUAGCAGCCCAGGGCAGAAAACGAAAGAAGCGCACUUCCAUAGAAGUAAGCGUAAAGGGGGCAUUGGAGAGCCAUUUUUUGAAAUGCCCUAAACCGUCGGCACAGGAGAUCACCUCUCUGGCAGACAACCUACAGCUGGAAAAAGAGGUCGUUCGGGUCUGGUUCUGCAACCGAAGGCAGAAGGAGAAGAGGAUGACGCCGCCCGGAAUCCCUCAGACACCCGAGGACGUGUACACCCAUGCAGGCAACGAGAGUUUUGUGGUAGAUUACUUAAAAGGUGCAAGUUUGAAAGAUGAACCGGACAACAACCACAACGUGACAACUACGAGCACCUAUGGCCAGGAGAUUCUGGUGCACUGACAACGAAAUCGUGACAAACCCAAAGCCAACAAAGACUUUAUGGAUCCCCUUUAAGGGAAAUUAUACAAGAACUCCCAAGGACAUGGAUCAAUGCAAGCAAACAUUAAAUAUUAAACAGUGGAAGAAUUUAUCCCAGGACACGUAUCAGUU